AUGAACAAGCCGGGAAAGAAGGAUUCGCGCAACAGCAGCAAAACGCCCCCGGAUAAGAAAAGACCCAAACCAUUUGAGCAGCCUUCCUCGCCAGUUCAAGAAGAGCCAGAGCCUGUGAGCUGUGUACUGCAGGGAGAUGAAAUCCAAGCUCUUGCCAUAAAGUUGGACGACCUGGCAAAGCUCCAUACUGCACAUCUAGCUCAAGAAGAGAAAGAGAAACCGCCUGUAACCAAGAAGUUCGUCAUUCGCAGAUCCAGGCCCCAAGAGGAUGGGAGGAAAGCACAUUUCCUGGUUGCUUAUCCAGCUCUUUCAGAUGAAUCCAAGAAAACUCUGAAUUAUUCUGGUUUAGAAGGACCCACAGUUGAUAACUACGGACAUAUCCUCCCCCACAGCAUCUUAGGAACUCUCUGGGAAUUUAAGCAAGAAGCUUUAAAGCAAGGACACUCUCAGGCUGCACGGCUGGUUCCUGAUGAAUCGCAGCUAUCAAGCGCAGUCCCCAUUUUUGGGAAGUAUCGAGAGAAAUGUGAGCAAGGGAAGAAAACGGCCCGGACCCCUUCAUCGCAGCACAUGGCGCUUCAGAACUGGCAUCGCAACAUGACUCUCCGGAGGAAACAGCAGAAAAAGCUGUGUGGGUAUCUUCAGAAAUCAGAAAGUCAGCUACUGAUGAACUUUUCAGAGAAUUACAGGAGAAUCCAGGAAGAACGCACUCUGAUUGAUCGCAGUCUCCCGGCUUUGUACUCCGGAAAGGGCUACCGUGUAGGGAGUGAAUUCUGGAGCCAGCCUGUGCAGAUUGGAGAUGAGCUCACCGGCCUGACAGUGUCACUGGGCCAGACUGAACGUGGCUUCCCAGAAGAAGUCACUCACGUUGGGAAACCUUCCAGCAUCUGGAUGGAGAUGGGGACCAGACCUCCAAAACACCUCCCUUUCCAUCGCACGUGGGAGAAGAGUCUCUUCCUGAAGCAUCGGCGAAAUGAGUUAAAGGAGAUCUUAGAACAGCUGGAUUUUUAUAACCCGGACCUGGAUGGUCUGGAAGUCAUAAGCAGAAAUCAACCUUUCACCAACGUGUCAGCAAUGAGGAUUUCGCCCUGUGAAAAAGAAAAAGAAUUUGCUGAAGAAGAAAAAAUCCAGGACCCAUUGGAAGAAUAUCCAGAUAUUUUUUUGGAACCUGUGUUGGGUCCAUCUCUGAAGUUCUGUGGAGAACUGGCUCGGUGGAUCAACACUACUACUCAUGUGGGUGAAAUUGGCAUUGCUGCCCGCGUCACCUUUGAAAUUCUGGUAGGUGAGAAAGCCGAAUCUUGCCUCACGGUGAGCAAUGACGGCACAGCUGCCAUCUGGUAUGAUUGGCGGAGGCUUCCUCAGCCCUUCACCUUUCAGGAGAAAAAGGAGAAAACGAUACCGCAUUUUUACUUUAACACCAGAUCAGGAGUUAUCCUCCCUGGAGAAACCAGGAAGUUUACUUUCAUCUUCAAGUCACUGAAUGCAGGCAUCUUCAAGGAGUCCUGGGAAUUUGGUACCCAUCCUGUGUUACUAGGAGGGGCUACCUUGGAAGUGACCCUAUGGGGAGUUGCUCUGUAUGAAGAUAUAUCAGCUGGUCUCAGAAAGGAGUUGCAGAAAGAGCUAGAAACUCAGGAAAUUGCUGUCAUAGUGGAAGAAAAUCUGAAGGACCUUCUUGAUCGAAUCCGUACGCCAGAGCGACUGCAAUCUCCUUUUGAUGCAUAUGUCACGGAGGAAGAGUUAUUCUACAGAAAGAAUCCAGAGUUGCACUACCAACACCAAGUGGUAAAGGGGCUACAUGAGUUAUGGAACAAACUCAUGAAUCCUCCUCCAGUGACAGACCUAUAUGCCUACGAGGGUCAGAUGAAAAGCGCUAUCAGUGAAACCUCUGCACCAAAGAGUGCCGCGGACUUGCAGAAGAGUCCGGAGGAGAUGCUGCACCAGAAGAGUAUCUCCCCAGCUUUUUCGGGAGCAAGGAGCUCUGAGAUGGAGGAGAUGAUUGGCCGGCUGAGUGGGACGGUGAUGGAGGAUGUGAACCAAAUGGAGGAAGUGAUGCGGGUGGAGUGGAAUCUUUCUGUUGCAGAUUUUAAACAGACAGUGCUGACAAUUCCUGAAGAAGAUGAGCGAGAGGCUGCUCUGGCCCAGAUCAAUAAAGCAGCAGUGGAGCUUUGUGCCAUACCGUUGACCCCUCAGGCUGACCUCCUGUAUCAGAUCUGUUUCCAGUUGUGGCGUGAAGUCAUUGACGGUCUGGUGAGCAGCUCGCUAAUGCUCAGGGCCCUCCUUGGUAUGCCUGAGAAGGACAUUUAUGUAGAAGUUGUCCCGGAGGAACAAGUUGAGGUGAAACCAGUUGUAAAGCCAGGGAAGGAGGACCGGAAAGUUCAGAAAGAGGAUAAGAAGGCUGCUAUGAAGGAAAAAGAAAAAGGGAAAGCAGUGAAAGAGGAACGGCCAAACAGCAAGAAAACCAAAUUGAAAGAAGACAGAAAAGGAAGACUUUCCACAAAGGAAGCAAAGGAAGUGAUAUCUUUUUCAGUAGACAAUCCAGAAAUAGAAGCCCUUCGCCACGAACAAGUGGAUCCAAUUUUGCAGGAAAAGUACCACGAGAAACUUUAUGUUGAAGUUUAUGGAUUGCUGAAUUCAAUGGUGGACAAAAUGGUUUUCCUCUUUGAGGGGCUGAAGAAGGAUGCCCCAGAGAAGAAUAAAGCACCUUUUGUUUAAAUAGUGAUUUCACAGUGAAAU